GUGCCAGAUCGUGGGCAACCCGGCUCCUCGACACAACCACUUCCCUCGGCCCUCCUGUGGCCCAGAAGGCGGCCUCUAUGAUGCACAAGAGAACCCAAGGCGACAGAGAAGGGUCCGCUCACUUCGUUCUUAAGUCCAGCCCAUCCACGGGAACCCAGGAAUCAUGUGGGAGGGCCCAGACCCCGACCCCUACCCGCAGCGACCGGAGCUAGGGGGCGUGGUCUCGCCUGCGCCUCUGCCGCCCGCCCCUCGUUCGGCCCCACUGCGCGCGCCCCUCGCCUGGUCCCACUGCGCGUGCGCGUCCCUGACCCGGCGGGGCCCCUUCUGCGCGCGCGCGCGCCGAGGCCGCAGGGGUCUGAGGGCGAGGUCCCGCGGCUGCAGCGCCCUCGCGGACAGUGACGAGUCUCGGGUUGGGCCGGGAAGGGUCGGUCGGGCCCGACCUGGCCUCGCGCCUUCCCCGUUCGCCGCCCCCGGCGUCGCUGGCGAAACCCGAGCGCGCGUCAGGCUCGGGGCCGCGUGACGCGCCCCUGUUAGGGUGGGCCCGGCGGGCGGAAGAGGAUGCGUGGGGCCCCCGCUUGGCCUGAGCUCGGCCCGGAGCACCGGGCGCCCUGCGCAGCCCCCGACGUUUCCGGGAGAAGCGGCCGGCUCUGACGGGCGAGAUGAAGCACACAGGCGCUUGGAAUAUGCUCACGGCGGCUGUGUGCAUGGCCCUGCUGGGCUGCCUGCAGGCCCAGGAGCUCCAGGGACACGUCUCCAUAAUCCUGCUGGGAGCCACCGGGGACCUGGCCAGAAAAUACCUAUGGCAGGGGCUGUUCCAGCUGUACCUGGAGGAGGCGGGGAAGGGCCACAGUUUUCGCUUCCACGGGACUGCUCUGACGAGCACCAAGCAGGGCCAGGAGGUCAUAGCCAAGGUCCUGGAGUCCCUCUCCUGCCCCAGGGACACAGCUCCCGGUCGCUGUGCUGAACUCAAGGCUCGGUUCCAGCAGCUGAGCGAGUACCGCCGCCUGAAGACACCUGAGGACUAUCUGGCCCUGAGCAAGGACAUUGAGGCCCGGGUCCAGCACGAAGGCCUCCGGGAGGCCGGCAGGAUUUUCUACUUCUCGGUGCCCCCCUUCGCCUAUGCAGAGAUUGCCCGCAGCAUCAGCAGCAGCUGCCGCCCAGGCCCAGGUGCCUGGCUGCGCGUUGUCCUUGAGAAACCCUUCGGCCAUGACCACCGCUCAGCCCAGCAGCUGGCCACAGAACUUGGGAGCUUUUUCCAAGAGGAGGAGAUGUACCGGGUGGACCAUUACCUGGGCAAGCAGGUGGUGGCCCAGAUCCUGCCUUUCAGAGACCAGAACCGCAAGGCCCUGGACGGCCUCUGGAACCGGCACCACGUGGAGCGGGUGGAGAUCAUCAUGAAGGAGACCGUGGACGCAGAAGGUCGCACCAGCUUCUACGAGGAGUACGGCGUCAUCGGUGAUGUCUUGCAGAACCACCUGACCGAGAUCCUCAUGCUGGUGGCCAUGGAGCUGCCCCUCAACCUCAGCAGCUCGGAGGCGGUGCUGGGGCACAAGCUCCAGGCCUUCCGGGCCCUGCGGGGCCUGCAGAGGGGCAGUGCUGUCGUGGGCCAGUACCAGGCUUACCGCGGGCAGGUGCGCAGAGAGCUGCAGAAGCCAGACAGCUUCCACAGCCUGACGCCGACCUUUGCAGGCGUCCUCGUGCACAUAGACAACCUUCGCUGGGAGGGUGUCCCUUUCAUCCUGAUGUCUGGCAAAGCCUUGGAUGAGAGAGUGGGCUACGUUCGGAUCUUGUUCAAGGACCAGGCGUACUGUGCCCAGAGCGAGAAGCGCUGGGUCCCGGCCCAGAGCCACUGCCUUCCUCAGCAGAUCAUCUUCUACAUUGGCCAUGGUGAGCUGGGUGGCCCAGCCGUGCUGGUCAGCAGAAACCUGUUCAGGCCCUCCCUGCCCUCCGCCAGCUGGAAGGAAGUGGAGGGCCAGCCUGGGCUUCGCCUCUUUGGCCGCCCUCUGUCUGAUUACUACGCCUACAGCCCUGUGAGGGAGCAGGACGCCUACUCCAUCCUCAUCUCUCGUAUCUUCCACCGCCGGAAGGACUCCUUCAUCACCAUGGAGAACUUGCUGGCUUCCUGGGUCUUCUGGACGCCCUUGCUGGACAGCCUGGCCCACGAGGUCCCACGCCUCUACCCAGGAGGAGCAGAGAAUGGACACCUGUUGGACUUUGAGUUCAGUGGCAGCCACUUGUCCUUCUCCCAGCCACCACUGGAGCAGCUGGUGCUGGGGCCGGAUUCCGCUCCGAUGCCCAGCGACUUCCAGGUUCUCAGGGCCAAGUACCGAGGCAGCCCGCUGAUAUCGGCCUGGCCGGAGGAGCUGAUCGCCAGGCUGGCCAGCGACAUCGAGGCUGCAGCUGUGCAGGCUGUGAAGCGCUUUGGCAAGUUCCACCUGGCACUCUCAGGUGGCUCGAGCCCCGUGGCCCUGUUCCAGCAGCUGGCCAUGGGGCACUAUGGCUUCCCCUGGGCCCACACACACCUAUGGCUGGUGGACGAGCGCUGCGUCCCGCUCUGGGACCCUGAGUCCAACUUCCAGGGCCUGCAGGCUCACCUGCUGCAGCACGUGCGUGUCCCCUACUACAACGUCCACCCCAUGCCCGUGCACCGGCGCCAGCGGCUCUGCGCCGAGGAGGACCAGGGCGCCCAGGCCUAUGCCGAGGAGAUCUCCACCCUGGUGACCAACAGCAGCUUCGACCUGGUGCUGCUGGGCAUGGGCACCGACGGGCACACGGCCUCCCUCUUCCCUCAGUCCCCCGUCGGCCUGGAUGGCAAGCAGCUGGUGGUGCUGACCACGAGCCCCUCCAGCCCACACCGGCGCAUGAGCCUCAGCCUGCCCGUCAUCAACCGCGCCCACAAGGUGGCGGUGCUGGUCAUGGGCCGGAUGAAGCGCGAGAUCGCCAUGCUGGUGAGCCGCGUGGGCCGCGAGCCCCGGAAGUGGCCCAUCUCGGGCGUCCUGCCUGACUCUGGGCAGCUGGUGUGGUACAUGGACUAUGACGCGUUUCUGGGGUGACGGUUGCCUCUGCCCUUCGCUCACCCCCGCGCCUUCCUUCACCCGCCCUCUCUCUGCCCUCUCAGUCCUGCCCCAGCCCGCGUGCUCUGCUGUCUGGAAUCGGAUGCCUCGUGGUCAGGCUCCCGGAGACGAAGGACAAAGGCCUUCCCCAGCCCCCGUGACCGUCCCUGCCU